AUGAUAGGGGAAACGAUCUGCAUAUUCUUACACCGCAAAUGUUUCUAUGCUGGCAUGGCCAUAUUUAGGAGUGGUUCCCAAGUUUUGCCCGGAAGGAGAAAAAAAAGUUCCCAUUACAUUACAUCUUGGUUAAACAUUUACCACAAUAUUCUUGCGUCAGACAGCAUGUCCGUUCAUUCAAAUGUACAUGAAAGAACGCCUUUGCUAGGUGACAGAAGUGGACAAGAAACUAUCUCGAUCGUCAGUGAGGUGCCGCCAGAUACUGAGUUUCCUGCUAGCAGAGAUGAGGCACAAGGUCACAUCGAGAGUAUCCAACGACAACACGAUGAAUACGUGGGAGUCCCAUGGAUUGAGGGCAUGGUAGUGAAGUUGAGCGAGGACCAAUAUAGUGACAAAACGCGAUUUCUCUUCGAGCUACUGCAGAACGCUGAUGAUAAUUUAUAUGCUGACGUUGAGCCUCUUGUCAAAAUACACCUCAAAAACCAAUAUCUGACUAUUCAAUCCAACGAGGUUGGGUUCACGAAAGCAAAUGUGGAUUCGAUAUGCAGGAUGACUGUGAGCAGUAAGUCCAAUAAGGAUGCCGAUGUUGAUAAAGAGAAUCAAAUUGGCGAAAAGGGGAUUGGCUUCAAGGCCGUAUUCUUAGUCGCAACCAAGGUUUGGAUCAAGUCGGGUCACUAUUCAUUUCGCUUUGACCGAGAUGGGCCCCUUGGGAGAGUAUAUCCGAAUUGGGUAGAUCAUUUUCCAAAGGGCCUUGUCGGUAUUGAGGAUACCAGAAUGACUUCCAUUGUCUUGGAACUUGCAGGCACAAGUGGAAUAACCGACAAUUUCUUGUCCUCGAACCCUGACUCGGGAGUUGACAUUGUCAACUUACUUCGAAACCUAAGUCCUGAUCAACUAUUAUUUCUGUCCAAGGUUAGACGUAUCGACAUUGAGAUAGAUCGCAAAAACGGAACAAUCACAGGACGGGCCAACAAGUAUAAUGCUAUACUGAGGGCUAAGCCGAUUCCCGAGCUACGCCAAACUUUGCAUGUUAUGGACACCUUCAAUGGCAAUGCCUGGGCGUCAUAUGUCACCUACCGACAUCCGGUGUCUAAUCUCCCUAAAGAAAUAAAUCGUCCCAAUCGUCGCAACUCAGAGAUCAUUCUGGCAUUUCGUGUCCCAGUCAGUGAAGAGAAUUCAUUUUCAGCCAACAAUGUUUACGCUUUUCUUCCCAUCAAAGAUUAUGGCUUCAAGUUUCUGAUACACUCAGACUUCAUUCUCUGUUCAAAUCGUGAAGAUAUACAGACCAACCAGUGGAACGACCGUCUUCUUGAGGAGACAGUGGUGGCCUUGAAGGGCGCUGUAUCUAAAGCCAGGCAGCAGCACCCAGAAUUGUGGUACAACUGGCCGUUAUUGUUACCAUUCGAAACAACGAAGUCAACAUUUCGGCCGGCACAAGACCGCAUGAUAACAGCAUUUCGUUCAGGACGUUUUUUGGAAGACAUCAAAGGGCAUACCUGCCGACCCGACCAGCUUGUCUGGGUCCCCAAGGCUUUUAGCGAUAGCGCAGGAAAUCCCAUCAUUCCCAACGACUUUUGCAAUUCCAAUCGUGUGUCCGACAAGUAUCCUUCCGUGAUGGAGACAUCGCUCAAGAAACUUGGUGUACGCGACCAGUCAGAAAUUGAAUUUUUGAAAGAUCUGGAACACUUUACUGAGAGCUACAUAUCAGAAUUUCAACAAAUGACAGAAAGCUGGCACGUGCAAUUGUGUACAGUGCUUCUAAACAUAAGCCGAAGCAACAGAUAUAUCAUCAAGAAGAUUCCACUCAUUCUUCUUGCGAAUCGCACGUUCGUUCCUUCUGGCUCACACCUUUAUUUUGGCAACGACUCUGGUUUAUCACUACCUUCACACAUGGAUACUUUCCGUGAAGUUGAUCUAUCUUGUCGACAUUCAGAAAGAGGCCGUCUUUUUUCAGAGCUUGGCGUUCUGGAAGGAACAUCUGAUCAACUGUGCAUGUAUGUACUCGAAGAAAACAAACGAAAACUCUCACGUCCGGUUGAGAACAAGGUUUCCGAGAUUCUUUUCCUAUUUCAAGCCCAAUGGAGUCAACCCAACACUAAUGUAUCGGGUACACUAUGGUUCAAGACGAGUACCGAACAUGAUGCUCGGAUCUCUGAUAUGUACACCGAGUCAGAAAGUCCAUACAUGGCGGGUACUAUGCCAAAAGAAGUCAAAGAUUCUCUCAACUUCAUACAUCCAGCCUACAUCAAAGCCUUUAGCCGACACUCUGGUGGCGUUAGCUGGCUCUAUAAAACAUUCGAACUACGGCAACUGCUGCGAGUUGUCAGCUACCAUUCACAUGCAAACUUUCACAAAGACUUUCUGCACUUGCUCGACAAAGACCCACGUGUAGCGUUGGAAAUGUUGAAAUACCACUGGAAUCAUUAUCGAUCACAUUUCGAACAGACAACCCUACGAAAUCGCUCCACCAGUGGUCAGUUAAACGGUCCCGCGAAGUUGAAGGACAUUCUUUCCAACACAUUGGUCCCAUGCCUCGAUGGGGGGAAGGCAAUGCUUAAGGAAACGUGCCUCCCUACGACAGAGGUUAUCAAUAUCCGUGGCAGAGAUGUCUCGCACAUGCUCGUGGAUGGUCUCUAUGGAGGUUUGCAAAACAUCAUGCACGGUUCUGACUGGGAUGAAAUCAGAACCUUCUUCGACGAGCCUGGGUCUAUAUAUGUACCUGAUGCUCAUCAUGCCAGUACUGGAUCAUGGCGAGAUCUCGACUCCUGUGUCUUUCAGGGACCAAGCUGCCUGAGACAGACACCACGGCUUGCCUCACUAUAUAAGGACCGAUGUCGUCUUUUCAGUUCGUUAGCACCAUCGGCAAGCCUUCAGACACUAGAAAGAGAAGCCAUGCACCUAAACGCCAGCGAUCUAGAUCAUGUCGAAUUCGUGCUGAGAGCAAUAUCCGAGUAUCUUGUACAGGAAAGGAGAGAGGAUUCGCCACCAGUUCCAAGCUUUGACAAGUGUAAGAUGUUUCCGGUAUUUUCCAGCCACUCCGCCAAAAUUGUUUUCAGAUCUGUUUCGGAUUUGAAGUCCAGUCCGUGGUUUAUCGCAGACAAUGAAUACCUACAACGAGCAUUUUUGAAGGUCAUCGAUCUAUCUGUCUUUCAAGCAGCAGCACUUGAAUAUGCUAAGAAUCUCAUUGACCAUUUGGGACUGCGUUCACGGUUCUUGUCGAGAUUUGUCGAAAGAAUAAUCUUACCAGACAAAGGCAAACGCUAUUCAAGAGAACAACUCUUCUCACGUGUACAAGUUCUGAAGUGUUCAAAAAUCAAGUUCCAAUGGGUCUUGAAAAUCAACGAUAGAGUAUUGAAGAGUUCUGUCGAAGAUAGCCGCGCUGCGUUGGAAGUUAACAGCGAUGCUGGAGUACUGGAGGCAUACGUUGUGUCUUCGGAUGAUUUCCUUGACGGUGGUUACACACCGAUUGAGCUUUCAGACGAACUAUCCAAGUUCUUUCGCAUCACAGAUGAAAGUGACGACAGGCUGCUAGCGAAGUUCAUGAGUGUGAGAGAUCAUAAGGUCAUCCAAGAGGAUCUCAAUUGUCGACGUCAACAACGUAAAGGGUUAAGACAACCAUUGUGUCCUUACAUGCCCGAACAUCAAGCCCACUCGUUAAACCUGCCGACUGAUGGUACUCAAGAAUCCCGCGAUACACCGCCAGAGUUUGGAAUGCAGUCCUUCGAAGACCGACGUAGCGAAACUCAUACGAGUAAGGAAGCAUCAGAAUCUGAAGACGAUGAACCGAACCGCCAAUCUGUCACCGAAGGAAAACGCCCCAGACACGCCAUCUAUCACGCCAAUACAAUAGAUACGGAAAGCACACGGAUCCUGCAAACAACUCAACCAAGCAACCCUGCACUCGUGCUAGCCGAAUCUUCGACAUUGGGUCCUCAAAAAAGGCUGCCAGGACCCAUUGUUGAAACACCGGCCCCAUCUACUGUUGAGGCGAUAGUAACAGAUACAGACACGACUGCUAUCUCUACAGUUACUCAGGACACAUCAGAACUUACAGAACAAAGGUCGACAGAUGACAAAUCCAGAACUAACCAGACAAAGCAUAGCCAGUCCUGGACUGGCCCUGCAACGCAAACAAACGAGAGAUCCAGAGCAGCGAUUCUACGAGGAAGUAACGAGAAGAUACCGAAGACGCCAAAAGAGAUCGAACCACGGACCAAAAACUUGACAAUCAAACGGGACCCAAGUUCUUGGCAUGUCGCCCCAUCGGAAGACUUUCAGGCCAGACGAGAAGAACGGCAGCUCAAACAUCAUGAACCAAGACAAGAGUUUGUUAACAUGCGCUGUGGCACAAUGAUCAAUUCAAGGUCUAUCGCGCUAUUUAUAGGUGAUGAUACACGAGAUACCACCUACUAUGGAGAGCUAUACGGACUGGACAAGCCCAAUGCGGUCACGCCAUGGGCAAGUUUCACUGUCACGGAGAAUGCGGGUGGCGUUCUCCAAGCGUUCAUGUCGCGCGAUACAAAAAUGAUGGACUUCAAGCUCUCAGAUCCUUGCACUUUUCACAUUCAGGCCAAAAGCAUGUGUCUCCAACAUGGAAAGACGAACAAAGACGUAUACAUCCUGGCACGCGUCUACGAUCUUCAAUCCAAUUGGGGCCUUGCUUUUUACGUGGAUCCCUGGCGGUUACAGCAAGAAGGGGUCAUUUCCCUUGAAUCGCCACGCGACUAUGUCGGCACUGUCACGUCGUCUGCUCCAAAAUUCCUCCACGACAGCUGUUGGAUGACAAGUAGAACUUCUGUUUCCGAAAACAAUAGCAUCUACUGUGGUCUGGAUAUCAACCGUACUCAGAUCCGGCUUUUGAAACUUGGACUCGACGAAGAUGAAAAACCGCUAAGGGCACAACUUGUCCUAAAAGACCUUGAAAAAGACGUUCGAUUCUGGGCCAUUUCAUAUGCGUGGGGUCCAAAGCCAACAAAGUAUGGGCUCAUGCUUGAAGUGAAUGAUCACGUCCGAGUUCCAAUUACCGAGUCGCUUUCUGCUUGCCUGACGACAUUGAGGCGUCAAAAGGUUGAUGUGUUGAUCUGGGCUGAUGCAAUCUGCAUCAAUCAGAACGAUGACAUCGAGAAAGCAAUGCAAGUUCGCCGAAUGGGUUCCCUUUACAGCAAGGCAGAGCAGGUCAUGAUCUGGCUGGGCCACGAAACAGGGAACGAUAUGGGGGCAGAAGCUUCCUUGCAGAGACUGAGAAAGCUAUUGGAACAGCCUGAUGGGUUGUCUUUUCGAAUGGAUUCCGAGGAAACUGCUUUAUCGGAGAGUAUCAACUCUCUUCUGCGGCAGGAGUGGUUCACUCGUGCUUGGAUUGUGCAGGAACUUGUAUUUGGAUCCAAAGUGAUUGUUAUGAAUGGAAACUACAAGAUUGAGUGGGAAUCUCUGAUGGAGGGAAUUACUGAUUGCGACAAAAUCAUUCGGAGACAAUUGGGUUGGGCUGAGGAUCAACCUCGAACCUACUUCACCGAUGCGGGGACAGCUUUCGCGUUACAUGAUAUCAGGGAACGCUAUAAAGGAUCAUCAGAAGAUGCACGAAAGAGAUUGAAGUACAGUCUCUUGGAGCUGAUCGAACGGUUGUUUCCCACUCGAUCAUCUUGGCCUCGGGACAAGCUUUUCGCUCUUCUCAACCUUGCCCAUGACGCAGCAGUCAAUGAAGACUCUUUUUGUCCUGAUUACAAAGAGGAUGAUUCGGUCAUUCUUUGCAGAUUCGCCAGCGGGUUCGUCAAGUUAAAUCAUGCCCUGGAUCUUCUGUACCACGCUGGAAAACGGAAGGGGGUUGACUUUUGCAGUUGGAUCCCUGAUCUCAUGAACUCAAGAAACAACAGACACUAUGCCCCCUCGAUUUCAACUUGGGAGGCAAUAGGUUAUGGAAAGGAAUAUCGAUUCAGCUCCGGGGCACCAUUUCCAUGCGAUGCCACUGUCACGACUCCUGGAUCAGUGUCAGCAUCCGGCCAAGAAUUUCCACCUAUCCUCUCGCUUAAGGGCAUCAUGUUUGAUAGAGUGAAGAGCUGCCGAGACUUGGAUAUCCUCCUCAAUGGUUCAAUUGUCCACUUGACAAAGACCUCUAUCGUUUUUAGAGAUCUUGUCAAAGAUCUAUUUCUGAAACAAUAUGAACAUAUGGGGGAGCAUUGGAAGGAAAGACUACUCAUCAAGUGUCUGAUUGGAGACGCUAUAGGACCCGUGGACUCUGGAAAUGAAAAUGUUCUAUUCAACAUCGAAAGUAGAGCAAUGCGAGAGAAGUGGACACCGGGCUUCGAAAGUCACAUCAUUGAUAUGCACCCCGGCCAUGAUGCACAGCAAUACGCGAAAAACACCCCUGAGUCUUUACGCAUUAUCAACGAAUUCUGGGAAACGGCUUCAGUCUUUUUGGGGAAAAUCCCAGAUGCAAAAGUCUGUAUUACUGAGAAGGGAUACGUGGGUAUUGUCCCUGGGACUAUAGAGGUCGGCGAUGAGAUAUUUAUACCUCAUUCGUCCAGAACACCCUUUGUGGUAAGGAAGUCGGUUAUUACACCAAGGUGUUAUGAGCUGGUUGGUGAGAGUUAUAUUCAUGGAAUUAUGUACUAUGAGGAAUCACCAAUCAGGGGUAGUGAGGAAGUAGUGAUUCACUUGACUUAG